AUGAAGUUCUCUUCCAUUGCCGUCAUCGUCACCGCCGUGGCUGGCGUCACCGCCGUCCCGGUCGACUCUGGGUAUGUCAGCUUCCCAUCCUCUGCUGCAACCCCCCCCUCCCGCCUGGCUCCGAGAAUCGAAAGAACUAACACAAAGAUCGCCCGCAGCCCCCUGGCCAACCUCCAAGCCCGCGCCUCCGACGCCAUCGGCGGCGUCGUGCACUACAUCCGCCGCGAGCAGGCCGGCACGCCCGUCGUGCCGGACAUCAAGCGGGCGCCGAUCCGGUUCCGCAGCGCGCUCGAGCACGAGAACGACGUGCGGCGGCGCAAGAACAGCGCCGAGAAGAAGGACCCGCCGCCGUCGCCGCCGCUGAUCCCGUUCGUAACGAAGCCCGGGAGCAGUCGCCAGAAGCGGUCGGCGCCCGACCUGACGAAGAGGAGCCCGGCGGCCGAGUCGUCCGUGCCGCCCCUGGAGCCCUUCUCGACGGGCGGCGAGAAGAGGGCUCUCAGUGAUUAG